UUUGUCCAUAAAUGGCGCUAAGUCAGACGCUUUAAAUAAUGCUACUGUAGAAGUAGGUAAAAGGGGUAUUCAUGUUGUUAUCCCUGCGGGAAAUUUCCGACAAGACGCUUGUGAAACCUCACCAUCAUCAGCACCUAAUGGCAUAACAGUUGGAGCUACUGUUACUGAUACUGAUAGCAUCACAGACUUUUCAAACUUUGGAAAAUGUAUUAAUAUUUUUGCACCAGGCACGGAUAUCACUGCAGCUGGUAAUACGUCUGCUACCGACUUACUUAUAGAAUCAGGAACCAGUCAAGCAUCCCCUCACG